UUGUAGCAGCGAAUAAGAGGCAUCAUAUGAUUGGAUUUGGUGGUACAUGUUUAUUAUCUGUCAAAUGACAAAGCAAAUGCAGUGUGUGUAGUAAGUAAGUAGUAGUGUGUGUUUUUCGCCCCGCUCCAUCCCCUCCCUCCACUUCCAAAUAUUCAUUCCACAACACCCACUCACUCACUACUCACUACUCACUGCUGUCUAACCGUCUACGCAAACACACGCACUUUCUGCAUUUUUCUCUCUUCAAACCGCACACACAUCACCCCAUUCAUUUUCUUUUUCUCUUUCUCCUUUUCCUAUGAGACUCUCCCUCUUCUCACUCUUACCCCACCGCCAUCCCAAUAUCAUCACAACCACGCCCCGCUCCUCCCGCAUGGACGCAUCCUUCCACCGCCGCAAGGACAAGGUCGUCGUCAUCGUCGGUGCCACCGGCUCAGGAAAAUCCCGUCUCUCUCUCGACCUCGCCUCCCUCUCCUUCCCCUUCUCCGAACUCAUCAACUCUGACAAAAUGCAAGUCUACAACGGCCUCGAAAUCACAACCAACAAGAUCCCCAUUCACGAGCGCAAAGGCGUCCCUCACCACCUCCUCGGCGACGUAUCCCCUGCACACGGCGAGUUCUCCCCCUCCGACUUCCGCCGACGCGCCGGAGAAAUCAUCUCCGAUAUCACCUCCCGAAAUAAGCUCCCCAUAGUCGUUGGCGGCUCCAACUCCUUCGUCCACGCACUUCUGGUGGAACGAUUCGACCCGGGGUUGAACGUGUUUGAUGGGGACGCUGAGAUAUCGCCGGAGUUGAGGUACGAGUGCUGCUUCCUCUGGGUGGAUAUAUCGUUCAAUGUGUUGAGGGAUUACUUGUUGAAGCGAGUGGACGACAUGCUUGACUCAGGAAUGGUGGAAGAGUUGGCUGAGUUCUUCGACCGCGACUCGCCCGAUUUAGAACUCGAAUCGGCCAGCCGAACCGGUUUGAGAAAAGCCAUUGGGGUGCCUGAGUUCGACCGCUUUUUUAAAUUGUACCCUCCUGGUUGCCACGAUUCACUGCGGGCGGGUGCAUACGAGAAAGCUGUGAGGGCCAUAAAGGAUAACACGUGUCAGCUGGCCAAGAGGCAGAUACAAAAGAUCCACCGGUUAAAAGCUGCCGGGUGGGACCUACGGAGGCUAGAUGCCACGGAGGCGUUUCGGGUGCUCAUGACGUCAGGGCGUGACGGCGGCGCCAACGGCGGAGAUAGGUGGUCCGAUGUGUGGGGGAGGGAUGUGUUGGAACCAAGCGUGAAGAUUGUGAGGCGCUUC